AUGCAAGACCCUUCGACGCAAAAGGUCCCCAUCCCGCGCAUAGACACGACUUCGACCUGGGCACAAACCGAGGAGGAAGCGGCCAACAACAGGCUAUUGUCAGUCAUUGCGCAGGUCCUCGACAUCCCCAGAGAAAACAUCCAGCUCCAUGAAUCCUUCAGGGAUUUGGGCGGUGACGACAGGUCCGCCGUGGCCUUGAAGGCGGAAUUGUUGGAGGCUGGCAUCGACAUUAAAGUUUCCGAUAUCCUUCGCUGCCCGACUCUCGCCGAACUCCAGACUUGUAUCAUACCCAAGUACGAAUACCCCAAUAUCCGCAACCCGCCCAACAACAUCGAAGCUAUCAUGGUCCCCGUCGAACCCCUCGAGAUACAUAGGCCUGCGCGCCUGUCCGUCACCCGCGAUGCGAAUGCGAUUGCGACAAAACACUCGCGCACUUCGAGCCAGGCCAGCUCCGGCUCGCAAGCUCUACAUACGACAGAAAUCGAAAAGGCAUUGGGGAAUCAAAAGGAAAUAUCAAGGAUAGCAACAGUGCGACCAAAGGCUGGAAUACUCGAAGGGAAACUCGUUGCCCUGUUCACGCUCUCCACCACGCAGUCAUCCCGAGCCAGUUCAUCCGAUGUUAGCCUGAUAUCCCAGUCCAACUCCAUCUUCGCCGGCACCCAGGUCACUUUUCUCCGCGAGGUCGCCAAGUCCCUUCUGCCGUCCACCAGUUUACCCGAUAUCUGGAUCGUCUUGGAAAGCAUGCCCCUCACGGAAUCCGGCCAUGUAGAUACCCGACGAUUGCGAACUUGGGUUCAGAACAUGAACCAACAGCUCUACUAUCAGGUGUCCAAUCUUCAAUCCCAGGUGCCCUUGGAGGAGCCGAAAACGACCAUGGAACGCUCGUUACAGAGGCUGGUAAGCAAAGUGCUGGCUCUCUCCCAAGUUCAGAUCGGCGUCAACCUUUCCUUCUGCCAGCUAGGCGGUGAUGAGACGACUGCCAUGGAACUAGUUUCCCGCUGCAAGAACGAAACAAUCUACAUCAAUCCCUUGGAGGUGCUUGGAUCAAAUACCCUUUCGGAACUGGCCGCCAUUGCCGAAUCCAGAGGUAUCCAGGAGAACCAAUGGGAGGAAGAAACUCGCGACUACUUCGACCUGUCUCCGAUGCAGCAUCUGUACUUCGAAUCUUCUAUGGGAGGAGACCUGAACCGUAGAUCUGCCGGCGAUGGGAGUUACCGCUUCAACCUCAGUCUUUUUCUCCGAUUCAAGAAGGACGCCUGUUUUGAGGACGUCGCGGCCGCUCUGGAAGCUGUUGUCGCCCACCAUCCAAUGCUUCGAUCGCGCUACAAUCGGGGACCUGGGGGUUGGAUGCAGCUUAUUUUGCCUGAUGUGGCAGGAUCCUACAACCUCCGCCGCCACUCGAUAUCCUCUGAUCGCGAACUUGACACCAUUAUCGGCCAAACCCAGCUCUCUAUCGACAUCGAGAGGGGACCAGUGUUCGCUGCCGACUACUUCACAACCCACGAUGGGCAGCAAUUAAUCUAUCUUGCCGCUCACCAUCUUGCUGUCGACCUACCAUCAUGGCGCAUCAUCAUUCAUGAUCUUGACGAGCUUUUGGAUUCGGGAAGUUUCCUAUCCCAGCGGUCGAUGCCCUUCCACAAAUGGGUCGAGCUACAAAAGUCCGAUGUCCACGGGAGAGACCCAAAAGAAUUCGUGCCCUUCCAGGUUCAACCUGGAGAUUAUACCUUUUGGGGUCUGCGAGAAAUCCCCAAUGCGUACGGCGACACCAAAGACAUUAGCUUCGCUCUCAGCUCGGAGCUGACGUCAAUCCUGCAAAGCUCUUGCAAUCAAGUAUUCAAGACUGACACCGUCGACAUCUACCUCGCUGCGCUUAUGUUGUCGUUUGCACAAACAUUCCCCGAUCGGUCUGUGCCAGUGGUUUGGAAUCAAGAGCACGGUAGGGACAUGUGGAGGUCUGAUAUUGACAUUUCCGAGACAGUAGGAUGGUUUACAGCUCUGUGCCCGAUAGCCCAAAAGGUAGACGGUAUAGACGACUUCAUCGAAGUUCUCCGGCAUCUCAAAGACACGCGGCGGUCAAUACCAGCUCAUGGAUCCAAAUAUUUCGCGUCACGGUUCUACAACAACGCUGGGCCCGACACCUUGCGCCCGGACUGGCCGUUCGAGGUCAUGUUCACCUACGCGGGCUCGCUGCAACAGCUAGAGCGCACCAACGGCGUGAUGGAGCAGUUACCUCUUGUAAGCCGAUCAUUCGACUCCCCAACUUCGGAUAUUGGGUCGAAAGUGGGCCGCGUGGCUUUGUUCGAAAUCAGUGCCAUGUUGGACAAAGGUAUCGCCAAGGUGUCGUUCACAUAUAGCAAGUUCUGCAAAGACCAGACUCGCAUUGCACAGUGGGCCCAUAACUAUGAGCACCUGCUUCUCGAGGCGAUUGGCAGGCUGAGAUAUCACCCUCAUGAGCUAACGCUUGCCGACGUUCCGCAUCUCGAUGUCACAUAUGAAGGUUUGACGCGAUUUAACAAACACCGGGUAGCAGGCUUGAAGCUGGCAAGCGUGCAAGACGUCGAAACUAUCUACCCGGUGACUGCCGUACACCAGGCCAUCUUGAUCAGUCAAGCUCAGCGACCAGAUACGUGCUAUCUUCAUGCCAUCUACGAGUUCGCAUCACCACAUGGCGAUUCUAUCGAUAUUGCCAGGCUAUGCAACGCUUGGCAGCAUGUGUGCAUCCGGCAUCCAGCCCUAAGGACCAUCUUUACCGAGAGCGUCAGCGAGACUGGAUUGUGGGAUAUGGUGAUUCUUCGUCGGGCAUCCCCGGAUAUGCUCUUUAUCGACACAGCCCCUGCCGAGGACCCGGUGUACGAGCUCGACAACCUCCCUGACCUUAGACCGAUGGAUAAUAAGCCGCUCCACCGCUUGACAGUUUGCAGAGCUCCGACUAGGACGUUCAUCAAGCUGGAUAUCAGCACAGCGCUCUGUGACUCUGUCAGCAUCCAUCUCAUUUUACACGAUCUUCGAAGAGCCUACGUGACUGAAAAAGCCAUUCCCGAACCUGCCCACUUUGGGUACCCUCAUUAUAUGCAGUUUUUGAGCGGAAUACGUCGUGGAUCCAGCGUUGGGUACUGGCGGGAGAGGCUUGCGGACGUUGCACCAUGCAUGUUCCCUCGACUUACUGUGUCGCCUGACGAGCAACGCUUCGUCAACUCGUUUCUAAACCUGGAGAUCACAUCCUACGAGCUUUCCGGAUUCACGAGAUCCCACGCCACCACCGUCGAUGCGAUUGUCCGCCUGGCGUGGAGUCUUGUGCUGCGAUGCUUCACUGGGUCGAAUGCUGUGUGCUUUGGCUACCAAACAAGCGGCCGCGAUGACACCGUUCCCGAGCUACAGAAUGCCGUAGGCUCGUUCGCCAAUAUGGUGGCAUGCAACUACGAACUAACGUCGUACACCCCUCUCAAGAUGGCGCUGGAGGUGAUCGAAGAUCAACUUACAGCUAGCUUACCGCACCAACACUUUACCAUGGCCGAGCUGGAACAUGCUAUGGGCAUGAAGGGUGGCGAGCAUCUGUUUAACUCAUGCCUAACAUUCACUGAAGAGCCUGCAGGGCUGAACAGCAAGUUCACAACAAGGACAAGCUUUGAGCUCAAGCCGCUCUCGCUGAAGCAGACAUCCGACGUGGAUGUACUGGUCAAUACGCGGUUUGCUGGGGGUAAGCUGGUGGUCGACAUUGGACAACGGGUCAUGUCCGAAGAGCAGGCCCUCAACGUGGCCAAUACCUUUGGAAAGGCGAUUCGCACCAUUCUUUCCGCGCCACACAGUUCUAUCGGAACAGUCGACCUGUUCAGCGAUCGUGAUUAUGCCCAACUGUUAGCCUGGGGCGCUGAUUCGCCAUCUGGUGAUAACACACGGGUCGAGAGUGUUGUGCAUGAACUUGUAAGCAAGCAGGCUCGCGCCCAGCCAAACUCGCAAGCCGUCUGCGCAUGGGAUGGUACUUUUACGUACCAGAAGUUGGAUGAAGAGGCAACAGUCUUGGCCCAUCAUCUUGUGGAUGUAGGAGUCGGACCACACUCGGUUGUGCCUGUAGUCAUGGAGAAAAGUCGCCUUGCCAUUGUGGCGAUCCUUGCCGUGCUCAAAGCUGGUGGUGCGUUUGUCCCCAUCGAUGCCUUGGAGUUAGGCUUGAUCCAACCCAUCUUUGAACGGCUCAACUUCUCGAGGGUCGCAGUCGCUUCGGAGCGCGCCGCUCUGCCUCCCCCGAGAUCGAAGAUCGCUCACCUCAAUGGCUACGCCUUCCGAUCCAGCCUGUAUACUUUUUCUCGCGUAUCCUCAGGCGAGGCUCGCGGAGUCUCCUUCAGCCACACCGCGUUAUCGACAGCACUUCUUGGCCAGGGCCCUGCAGCGAAGAUUGGACCCUUGAGUCGCGUCAUGCAGCUCUCUUCUUUUAACGUUGACAUUUGCGUUUCGGAGAUUCUCACCACACUCGCUUAUGGAGGAUGUGUGUGUGUGCCUGCCGUGAACGAGCGGCUCAAGGAUUUUGCAGGCGCUGUCAACCGUAUGCAGGUCAACUGGACUUACAUGACGCCACACCUAUCCCGUAAAGUCGAUCCGACAAGGGUGCCGACGUUGAAGGCGGUCUGCUUCAGAACCCGGAGCUUGGACGAAGAUACAUACAGCGCAUGGCACGGCAAAGCCAACAUCAUCUUAGCCUAUGGACCACACGAUGUCUGUCCUCUGGGUAUAUCUUUCCUCGAGGUCGUUGGGGCAAAUCAGCUUCGCAGUGUCGGGCGCCCGUUUUGCGGCAGCUUCAUGGUCGUAAAUCCUGACGACCGCAAGAAUCUGGUCCCUGUCGGUGCCGUCGGAGAGCUGGUAGUAGAGGGGCCAACCUUGGGUUGUCAUUACCCUAACAGGGAGUCUACCUUGGGCCCUAUGUCACCACUUGGACCGUCUGCGGGUAACACAUCACGGUACUUCAAAACUGGACACCGUGUUAGGUAUACUGACGGCGGGUUGAUGGAGUUCAUCUCUCAGAAACACGAGGAUACUGGCAGCAAGGGAAGGCCAGUAGACACGGCGCAGAUAGAGCAGUAUCUUCGACGGUGCCUUGGACAGGGAGUUGAUGUCCUGGUAGACAAACUGCCCUACCGAACCACGGAUGACACACCAGUAUUGGGCGCCUUCAUCGAGUUUGGGGAUAGUAUCCUUGAUGGCGAAGACGACCUGGCCUCAUUGGGUGCCACGGCAAAGGAGCAACUGUUCAUUGCUAGGCAGCUUGUCGAGAUUGGGUUGCGAAGCAAUGCUGCUCCGUCCGGAAUCCCGUCAAUCUUCAUUCCGGUGAAGCAUCUUCCAAUCACCCCUUCACUCAAGGUCAACAAACGUCGUCUCCAGAAGAUGAUCAGUGGGCUAUCCAAAGAGAAGCUCAUCGCACUGUGUGCUGCCUCGACAGCUGACGACGCGAAGCUCCAGUCCUUUAAACCUCUUCCGCUGACAGACAGCGAGGAGCGAAUGAGGGCGAUCUGGGCAAAGGUCCUAGGGAUAGAGGAAGCACGCAUCCGUGCUUGCGACGGCUUCUUUGGUGUUGGAGGUGACCACGUGCUUGCUGCUCAACUGGUUACCGCCUGUCGGCACGAAGGCAUAUCAAUCAACAUCGCCGAUGUCCUCCAAAAUGUCACACUCACCGAGCUGUGCAGGACCAUGUGCUCGGUCGAGCCCCUGCAAGCUGACAGCCCAGUUUCUCUGCCAAUUAUUAACCCUUCGCCCACUGCAUCUGAUCCGAAUGCGGUCAAGCAAGUUCUCCUGGAGAAAGUCAUUGCACCAAAGGUUGGUGUCGAUGCCCACGGCAUCAAAGACGCCGCCGAAGCAACCUCGACACAAAUCCGACAUAUGGAAACCGGGAUGCUCCGCGGUCGUGCAAACAUCAACUAUUUCACGUUCAUGUUCACUGGCGCCGUCGAUGCCAAAAAGCUGGAAGAUGCAUGCUUGACACUCGUUACCAUUCAUCCUAUCCUUCGUACCGCCCUUGUUCCGCACAACCGAAAGGUGUACCAAGCCGUGAUCAAGUCAGCUGAUGUCGAGUUCAAGAGGCACACCUGCCCCACUUGGAGGUUGAACGCCGUCAUGGAGAAGUCAAUCCGGAAGGACCAAGCCUCGCCUGUGGCCUUCUGCUCUCCUAUGACCAAGUUCAUAUUCAUUGAUGGAGGGAAGCAAUCGAUACUUAUUCUUCGACUGUCCAAAGCCCAAUAUGACGACCUCUCAAUGGCGCUGUUUGUCAAGGAUCUCAAGAGACUGUACGACGGGACAGAGAAUCCACCUCGUCGUCCGACCUACUGCGAGUUUGUCCGGUCCGUUCAGCUGGCUAACUCACAAGGGGCCGAGGAGUAUUGGAAGAAACUGCUUGAAGGCAGCACAGUUACCCAGGUGGUCGAGCAUUCAUUGCCAUACCGGGUGUCGGCCAACACCAAGACGCUACGCCAUGUGAUGCCACUUGGUUCCUUGUCCAGCCUUGGGAUUUCUUACGAGACCAUCCUGAAAAGCGCAUGGGCAAUGGUUCUUGCUAGUCUCUCAGCUUCUUCCGACGUGGUCUUCGGCGAGCUUGUUGACGUCCCCGACACGCCACUUACACCGUUGGGCCUGCUCCAGCACGUCCAGACCCAGCGGAUCUCCAGCAUACCGUUCGAGAAUCUGGGGACACUGAAUAUAGUGGAGAAGUGCACACCGUGGCCGUACUGGACUCGCUUCAGCACUCUGAUCCAGCACCAAUACGAAGAUACGGCCAUUGUCCCCGCGGAACCCAAGUCGUUCCAUCUCGGUACCGCCACGUGCAAGUUUACCGUUGUCGAAUCCAGAGCGCAGGAUGUUCCUGAUUUGUUCAUUAGAUCAAUUGCACGUGGAAACAAUCGGGUCGAGUUGUCCGUUACGUUCUGUGCCGAUCGCGUCCCCGAGACUUUCGCCGAUGACGCUCUGCGCAUGGUCUGCGCCACCAUCAACCUCCUCACCAGCGUCAACAUCAUGCAGCCGCUGAUUCCAUCCGGCUACCAAUAUAAGGCCAUGGAGAAGAGGAUACCACUUCCGCUUAGAGACUUGUUGGACGCAUGCACGGCGCAUACCAACGCCGGUCGGUCAGAUACUGUCAAGGCGUUGACAAAGGAUCAAGAAAAGGGCAUUCAGACUGUCGUCUCUAAAGCGUGGACUCAUGUCAUCAACCCCCGGGCUCUGGGCGUCCCUGAGGCGCAGGUGCACAUUGCUGCCUUUUUUGAUCUAUGGGGUAGCCUAAUCCCAGCUGCCCAACUAACAACGCAGCUGAACCGCGAACUGCCCAAGGCCGGCAUCCCCGGUGUCGAUGCCAGCGUCUCGGUAACGAUGGAGGAGAUCGUGGAGAACCCCACAAUGGUCAAGCAAUUCGAGCUGAUAGCAGUCAAGAUGAAGAACAAAUCCAAUGGCGCCGGCUCUUCGUCAUCAUCAUCACCUUUGCCCAAGGGCAAGGACAAGGAGAAGGGCAAAGACACUGCCGUCGACAACAAGGCUACAUCAAACGACAGUACCCGUCUUGCUCCGAUCCAAGCCGCCGUCCGCAGAAAGCCCAGCAUCAACCUUGCGGUAGCCAGCGUCAAGGGAACGUUCCGCCGAUUCGCCUCCACGGUUGGCCGCUCGGGCUCGGAAUCGUCGUCCGCCAAAAUCUCAUCAUCGAAUUCCGGCCAAUCCACCACCAUGGCCAUCGGCAUCGCGUCCGCCAUGGUCGCCGAGCUCGUCUCUCCCUUUUCCCCAAACGUCGUUAGUUCCAAUAUCAAUGCCCGCCUGGACGUUCCUGGUCGCCAGCAACAGCAACAACAGCAACAACAGCAGGAGCAGCAGCGACAACAGCAACAGUCUUCUUCCCAAGUACACCCAGGCCAACCAGCUUUCGACAUGCUCGUCAACGGCCUCACCCCGAUCCACGAUCUCAGUCCCGUAGAGAAGGACGCAGCCGACUCGGAGUUGAAUAUACUCCCCUCUGACUCGGACCCCUCCUGGCGUUUACAAUUACUACCGGGCGCAGCAGUCGACCUUUUCCCAUCAGGAGUGAACUCUUCCUCAAGAAGAGGAACGGAACAUACCAUUGGCUCGUCCACGUCGACGACUACGAGCAUGACGGACGGUGACGGGGGCGGCGGCGGCAGCGGCAGCGGCAGUGCAAGGAGUAGUAGUAGGUAUAGUGGUGAGCAGGAGGGGAUACGGCCUGCUGCUGGUGGGCAGUAUGGGGGGUAUGGUGGGUAUGAUGAUCAGGUUAUUACUACUGCUACUACUACUACUGCUACUACUCCUCCUGCUUUGAGGAUGAGUCAGGGUCAGGGUCAGGGUGGUCAUCAUGGAAAUGGAAAUGGAAAUGGAAACGGCAACGGAAACGUCCCAGCGGUGAUUGACACGGCUGCUGCCAACGGAUCGUGGAGGAGAAGGGAUAUGGAUAUGGAAAGCGGGGAGGCGGAUGACUUGGUUAGUCCGUCGACGGCCGUUAGUCCGGGGAAGUAUGGUGGUGGACGGUGGUUUUUUGGUAGUACUACUAAUGGGGGUGCUAGUGGAAGUGGAAGUGGAAGUGGAAGUAGAAGUGGAAGUGUGGUGGGGGAUGGGAAUGGGAAUGGGACAGGAAGUGGGACAGGAAGUGGAAGCGGGCUGACGGUGAGGGUGUCGCCUGUUACUACGCCGAGUAGCGCUGGAGGGGGGAUGGCGGAGGCGUUGGCGCAGGGACACGGGCAGGGACAUCGGGCACAUAGACGAACUGCGAGUAGCGGCAGUGUGUUGACGAUGAAGAAGAUGGGCAUGUCGAGCGUUGUCGAGUAG